AUGUCUACUGCCAGCCCAUCUGUCUCUACCACUACGGCAGCAACGGCCGCUGCCGCCUCCGCGGCUGCCUCGCCUUAUGGUGGUAUUUCCUCAAUGCACGCUGCACCACAGCAACCAGCGCCGCCGGCACCGCAGCCCCAGGCCCCUACGGCCAGCCAUUCUGGUGCACCUGCCUUGCAUGGACAUGCAUCUACCGCACUGGCUUGCUCUGAUCCGCACGUCGGUGGCCAUGCGUCGAGUGCUGGGCUGUAUCAACAGCAACCGGAUAGUGUCAACCAGAGCUCGCACCAUAUGGCGAGCUCGUUUCCAAGCACUCAAUUGUCGCCAAUGACAUCACCGUAUGCUGCAACGUACGCGGCAGCACAGCACCCCAUGUACAGUGCAUCGUACCCGGGACACGCCUAUGCGCCUUAUCCAAACUAUUUCGGGCAUAUUUCGCAUUACGGAACCCACCCACCACAUUACCCUGCUGCUGCCACCUCCGGUCCCGCUUAUCAUGCCCCUUUUAUGAGCAGCAUGAUGCCCCAUGCAGGCUACAACCCACACACUCCUGCACACAUACCAUCACACCAUGCACCAUCUGCUGCAGCUAUGCCUCUGUCUAUGACAACUACCUCGGCUAAUGCAACUUCUCCAGCCGCUCCGGGUGGCAUGACAUCUGGUGCCAUGAUGGCAGCUUCGUCUUACGGCUCAGCGCCGCAGUACACCACACCUGUGCCAUGGAUGGGUCGUCAUCGUGUCACCACGACCUUGUGGGAAGAUGAAGGUACUCUGUGCUUCCAGGUUGACGUGAAGGGCGUGUGUGUGGCCCGUCGCCAUGAUAACAAUAUGGUAAAUGGUACCAAGUUGCUGAAUGUUUGUGGCAUGUCACGUGGUAAACGUGAUGGUAUCUUGAAAAAUGAGAAGGAGCGCAUUGUCGUCAAGGUGGGUGCUAUGCAUCUCAAGGGUGUGUGGAUCGCAUUCAAUCGUGCCAAGCAACUGGCUGAGCAACACGGUAUCAUUGACAUUCUCUAUCCACUUUUUGAGCCGAACAUCCAGUCGUUCUUGUACCACCCCGACAACUAUCCACGUACAGCUGCAGUGAUGGCCGCUGCACAAGAGCGCCAGGUGCACCGUCAUUAUGGUGGCAUGCCUGCAAAUGGGGUAAAUACCCCAGUCAAGGACGUCAGCAGCAGUGACAUCAGUACUGCGAGUCUGCCGCUGCAUUCUAGUUUACCUCACAGUCACUGGGGCAGUCCAGGGCAGACGACUGCGCAUGAUACAUCAGCGACAAGCAACUCAGCGGAUACCUCCCUUUCAUAUUCGUACCCGCAGCACCAUUCGCACUAUCACCAUCCAGCUACGGUCCUGCCUACAGCCCAUGCGGCAUGCCAACAGACACCAAAUUCGACAGCCGCCUCUGUUACUUCCCCGACGCCGGCCCCGACCACACCCGGUAUGUUCCAUUCACCUAAUACGCCGUACUCGGCGCACGCUGCUGCGAUGCCCCCACCAACUGUUAGGUCAACAAAUGCGCCGGCGGCCCCAGGUAUGAUGGUGGAUCGCCGAUUGGAACAUGCUGCCACCCCGGCGGCCACACCCAAUGGUCAUGCAGCGAGCACCUCAUCUGUGCCAGCUACGCUGUCUCAUGAGCUACAACAACAGCCUACUUCACACAUGAGCCACUCAAGCAAUGAGGCACGUCGCUUUUCUAUGGAGAAGCGACCUAGUGAACCUGCUGUAUCUCUUGACGUGUCUCCCCAUCAUGAAUUCCCUCAUCAUGUGGGUCCUCCCAGUGGUGUUCCAGUGCCACAGUCUACAGCAAACUCUUUCGCGACAAGCCCUAUGCCAUCGACAUCGUCUUUCUCUAUGGACGAAAAACGUCCAAAGAUGGAAAAUGCUACGUCGACAACUACGGCUCCACCUACUCCCAGUACUUCAACGGUAGAGGUACGCUCAGCAGCAUCAUCAACAGCGCCUCCCGCGCAUCAACCAUUAGACAUGGUGUACUCAGGAGACGGCCGUCCCACCGAGACGGGUGUGCCCACCCAGAAACACGAAAAUUAA